UAGAGUGUCUCUUGAUCUGUGCUGUGUGCCUUUCAUCUGUGUAUUAAUUUUAUUUUAGGUGAGAACCCAAGGCAAGAGUCAGUGAAUCUGAAGAGAAAUUGGACAUUCCUGUGGGCUCCAUAAGUACCUAUGGAUUAUGGCAGGAAAGGUGAAGUGGGUCACUGAUAUCGAGAAGUCAGUGCUGAUCAAUAAUUUUGAAAAGAGAGGAUGGGUCCAGGUGACAGAAAACGAGGACUGGAAUUUUUACUGGAUGAGCGUGCAAACCAUCCGAAACGUCUUUAGUGUCGAAACUGGCUACCGGCUCUCAGACGAUCAGAUUGUCAACCACUUUCCGAACCACUAUGAACUGACCCGGAAGGAUCUGAUGGUGAAGAACAUUAAGAGAUACCGGAAAGAGUUGGAGAAAGAAGGGAGUCCUCUGGCAGAAAAAGACGAGAAUGGAAAAUACCUCUACCUGGACUUUGUCCCGGUCACCUAUAUGCUGCCCGCCGACUACAACCUGUUCGUGGAGGAGUUCAGGAAAAGCCCCUCCAGCACCUGGAUCAUGAAGCCUUGUGGCAAAGCCCAGGGCAAGGGCAUCUUUCUCAUCAACAAGCUCUCGCAAAUCAAAAAGUGGUCCCGGGACAGCAGAACAUCCUCGUUUGUGUCUCAGUCCACAAAGGAAGCCUACGUGAUCUCUCUUUACAUCAACAACCCGUUACUAAUCGGCGGGAGGAAGUUCGACCUGCGCUUGUAUGUCCUGGUGUCUACAUACCGCCCGCUGCGCUGUUACAUGUAUAAGCUUGGCUUCUGCCGCUUCUGCACAGUGAAGUACACGCCCAGCACCAGCGAGCUGGACAACAUGUUUGUGCACCUCACCAACGUGGCCAUUCAGAAACACGGGGAGGACUACAACCACAUCCACGGGGGCAAGUGGACAGUGAGCAACCUGCGGCUGUACCUGGAGAGCACCCGAGGCAAGGAGGUGACCAGCAAGUUGUUCGACGAGAUCCACUGGAUCAUUGUGCAGUCGCUGAAGGCAGUGGCGCCCGUGAUGAACAACGACAAGCACUGUUUCGAGUGCUACGGCUACGACAUCAUCAUAGACGACCGGCUGAAGCCCUGGCUGAUAGAGGUCAACGCGUCCCCAUCUCUCACCUCUAGCACCGCCAACGAUCGGAUCCUUAAGUAUAACCUGAUUAACGACACCCUCAACAUUGCAGUCCCUAAUGGUGAAAUUCCAGACUGUAAAUGGAACAAGUCGCCCCCGAAGGAGGUUCUCGGCAAUUAUGAAGUCCUAUACGAUGAAGAGCUUGCGCAGGGGGACGGGGCUGAGCGGGAGCUGAGGAGUCGAUCGGGCCAGUCCCUAGGGCCCAGAGGCGGCCGAUCGAGAGACUCGGGGAGAGCCGUGCUCACCACCUGGAAGUGACCCCCGGGAGGGGUGAGACUCCAACCGGGACCCGCCACUCACUGUGUCCAGGCCCUCACUCAACACCUAUUUUGAAAUUUCCUUUUUUCUAGAGCUUUUUUCCUUUCCUAAGCCCUGUAAAUAAAUAAAGACGUUUCUUUGGAAGGUUAA